AUGACUACCAGAUUUAAGAAAUGCCGCAAGCUCAGAGGCCACGUUUCCGCAGGCCACGGAAGAAUUGGGAAGCACAGGAAGCAUCCUGGCGGUCGUGGUAAGGCCGGAGGCGACAGUCACCAUAGAAUCCUGUUUGAUAAAUUCCACCCAGGUUAUUUCGGAAAGGUCGGUAUGAGGCACUUCCACAAGAUGAAGAACCAGUACUAUAUGCGAACUGUGAACGUGAAUAAGCUGUGGGACCUUGUCCCCGAGGAGACUCGCAAGGAGUGUGAAGCGAACCCGGGCAAGGCUCCCGUCCUCGACGUCAUGAAGUUGGGAUGUUUCAAGGUUCUCGGCACUGGUAAAAUGCCUCCAAAGCCCCUGGUCGUCAAGGCCCGCCUCUUCAGCAAGACUGCUGAGAAGAAGAUCAAGGAGGCAGGCGGCGCCUGUGUUUUAGUUGCCUAA